AGCUCGUUCUUGAGAGAAACGGAGAAGAAUCUUUAAACGUGGAGAAAAGAUAGGGUUUCAAGAUAGGUUUUGGUCCCUCAUGUCUUGGUGAUUUUUACGAAUUCUGCUAGGUGGUUGAGGGGGGAUUUGAGGGCAAAAGGGUGGGUUUGAGACAAACCCAGGGCCCACUAAUUCCAGCAUAAAGUACUGUGAGCACAUUGGACACUCAUGUGGCUUGCCUUUCUCCAGCCAAAACUAGACAACAUCAUGCUCAUCCUUGCCUUCAGCUCAUGGGCGCCCAACUAUUCUCUUGUCAUAGAAGGAUUUGAUGACUGCAGGAGCUUCCUUUGUGCCAAAAGGACCAACAAGAUUGUUAAAAUCUUCAAGAAUUUUUCGCCCCUGAAGUUCAGCUUCAAGCUCCUCACACUUGUGCUCUGUGGCAAUUGGAUUUAUGUCCUCAACCCUCUUCUUUACAGCAGUAUCCACUGAUUCGAAGGAGAAAUGGCAAGUGAAGAAAGAAGUGGAGGUGGAUGGAGAAAUGUAGAGUUUGUCUCAAGCCCCAAUCUGGGUUUGUUUUGGAGAGGAAGAAAAAUCGAUAAGAGAGAGAAAAAGAAAAAGAAAGAAGAUGAAGUUUU